AUGUAUACAACCCCAUCUGGACAUCAACCCACAGUCCCGUUGAUUAAUACAAGACCUUCCCACCAAGAUUCCACCAUUCGGCUAAAAAGGAUGGCCCUACCCACAUUCUCCGGACUUAGGAAAGACUGGCCAGAGUUCAAGGCAGUCUGGAAGUCUAUGGCUGAGUCUGCAAGUUAUAAUGAAACUGCAUUAGCACACGAACUUAAGAACUCAGUUAAAGGAGAAGCCAAACACCGCAUCAAAUCUGUUUUUGUCACCAAGCCCGAAGCCUACGACAUCAUGUGGGAAAAGCUAGAGUGUCACUAUGGAGAUACCACUGCCAGUGUACAAGCUGCUUUGGAAGAUCUUCAAAGGCUAAAACCUGUAAAAGAAGAAGAUUAUAAAGCUCUGGUUGAAUUAGUUGAUGAAGUUGAAUCUGCCUACAAUCAAUUGGAAGAGCUCAACCAGCUAAGACACCAUAAAUCACACCACCGAACAGUGCAAAGAAUUCCAGAAGUUGUCCAUCAGCGGUAAAGAUGGCAGAUAUGAGUUGUUGAAGCAGGUAAACGCUUGUUUCAAAUGUUUUGGUAAUCAUAGGAAGCUUAACUGCCCCAAAAAACUCCCAUGUUCCUCAUGUGGAAGUGACCAACAUCAUUCCCUGCUGUGCAUCCCACCAAAGCUCCCAAAAGAUUCCGGGGAGAAAUCGAAAACUGGAGAUGAUGGGAACAAGGAAUUAGCAUCCUAUACCGUAGAAAGUGAUUCAAUGGCAUUAUACCCUAUCCACCAAGCGACCAUUAGUGACAGUGGUAGAAAAGUGUCCGUCUUCUGUGAUGGAGGCUCUAACGCAAGUUAUAUCACUCAUAGUGCUGCGGAAAGAAUAAAAGCAAAGAAAGUUAAAAAACUCUCUCUUGACGUGACAACUAUGGGAAAUGUCGAGAAAACGUACAACACGUGGCAAUACGAGUUUCCAAUCAACACAAGUGCUGGAAAGAAAGUCACUAUUACGGCCUUUGGUAUGGAGCGAAUUACCGGACAAGUAAGCAAACUGGAUCCUAAAGUCCUGGUCAAGUUAUUUCCAGAAUAUGAUCCUGAAACACUCCAGCGAAAGUCAACACACGUGGAUGUCCUGCUGGGCUGUGAUUACUUCGGUCUCCAUCCAAAGCAAGAAGAAGCUAGAUGUGGCGACAAUCUAAGUAUCAUGAAUGGAGCAUUGGGGAUUUGCCUCCAAGGCGCCCAUCCAGAUCUGAUCGAAGAAACAAGAUAUGACACCAACCUCGCAAAGAAAAUACACGAUGUGAACGUGAAAGUGGAGACAUACAAGACACGCUUGGACUCACAUCCAGAGUUCCAUCCCAACCAUACCAGAGAAUGUUCUGUUAAUGUAUCGAGUUCCUAUAGUCACCGAAAGGACGAAAGCCAGAUUGACAAUUUUAUACAAGGAGAAGAACUUGCCACCGAAAUUUCUCCACAAUGUGGUGGAUGUCGCUGUAAUAAGUGCCCUACUGUCGGACACACUUACUGUUUCAAGGAAGAACAGGAAUUAAAACUGAUUCAAGAAAACCUCGAGUACGACGAAGUUAACCAAUGCUGGAUAACCAGUUAUCCCUGGCUCGUAGAUCCACAAAGUUUACCCGACAAUUAUCACACAGCACUUGCUACGUUAGAAAGAACUGAAAGAACGCUUAAGAAAGAUGACCAAUGGGCUAAGACGUACAACAGCCAAAUGGACGAUAUGGUCGAUCGUUGUGUAGCAAGAAAACUAGCAUCCGAAGAAGUAAAGAGCUGGACUGGACUGGUGUUCUAUAUCUCCCAUUUAGCAGUUGUAAACCCGCAUUCCAAUUCUACGCCCGUGAGAAUUGUGUUCAACUCCAGCCAAACGCACAAAGGUGUUUCAUUAAAUGCUUGUCUCGCAAAAGGUCCAGACAGCUACAUGAACAACUUGGUUGGUAUUCUUCUACGUUGGAGAGAAGAAAGAGUAGCGCUAAUCGGAGAUAUUCGAAAGAUGUUCAACUCGGUUUAUUUGAAGGCCUUGGAACAGCAUUGCCACCGCUUCCUAUGGCGAGAUUUACAGCAGCAUCGCCCACCGGACAUUUACGUUAUACAACGAGUCAAUAUGGGCGAUACACCAGCCCCCGCCAUCAGCACAGAAGCUGUCUACAAGACCGCGGAGUUGUAUCGAGAGGAUAGUCCACAAGCCGCAAAUCUCCUAAAAUAUUCCAGUUACGUGGAUGAUUUGAUUGACUCACGUCCAAGUAAACCCGAUGCGUUAAAGAUUGCCAAGGAAGCCGAGGAUAUCCUUGCCAAAGGAGGAUUUGCUGUAAAGUGCUGGCAAUUUAGUGGCGAAACACAACCUCGCGUGAAAGAAGAGUUGUUAAAAUUGGACCUGCCAGAAAAGAGUGUUGAAAGCUCAGACCAAGGACUAAUAAUGUUAAAAGGAACUGACGAAAACUUACGAGUGCUCGGUCUGGGAUGGAAUCCGAAGCAAGACACCAUCACCUAUGAAGUAACUUUGAAUUUCAGUAGCAAGAGACGCGGAGUUCGAAGCGGACCAAACCUGCUAGAAAGCGACCUACCAAGUGCAUUACCGAAUGUGUUAACCAGACGAAUCGUUCUUGAGCAAGUAAUGAAGAUUUAUGACCCACUCGGACUAAUUUCUACAUUUACAUUGAUGGCCAAGAUAUACUUACGCGAAACCUGGUCCCGCAAGCUCGGAUGGGAUGACCCACUUCCAGCAGAACUUUGCAAGCUACGAGAAGCAAAGUUCCUCGAGCAGCAAAUGGGACAAUUACCGGAAGCAAGAUUGAAACCAUCUCCAGCUUUCAACCACGUUAUGAUAGACCUUUUCGGACCCUACGCGGUUCGUGGAGAAGUACAGAAAAGAACAAGUGGUAAAGCGUACGGAGUAAUCUUCACAGAUCUAUUUAUGAGAGCAGUCCACAUUGAAGCUGUAUUCGGGUACGAUACCGAAUCAUUCCUAAUGGCCCUCAGCAGAUUCGUCAGCGUUCGUGGUUGGCCCGAAAUCAUAUAUAGUGAUCCCGGAUCACAACUAAUUGGUGCGGAAAGAGAACUCACGGAAACCUGGAAGAACAUUGACCGACAAUCCCUACAUAAAAGUGGCACAGAGAAUGGAUUGACCUGGAUCUUCGGCCCCGCUGAUAGUCCUUGGUACCAAGGAGCUGUAGAAUCCCUGGUGAAGAGUGCCAAGAGAGCUAUUCAUUUCGCAAUCAAUAACCAACGUCUUUCAGUCCAAGAGUUCAUGACGGUGUGUAGCGAAGCCACGAACCUCCUCAAUGAAAAACCUAUCGGAACCCUCCCGAGCGCUGAUUCCGAAUUAAACAUCCUUACUCCCAACAGCUUGUUACUGGGCAGAGCAACGGCGAAGAAUCCUGGUGGAUGGCAGCCUAACGGUAAUAAUCCAGGAAAGCGUUAUCAUGUUGUCCAGAUCGUGACAGACGAGUUCUGGAACAAAUGGACGGAGUUAUACGCCCCAACCUUGGUUAUUCGUCGCAAGUGGAAUACAGCCAACCGUAACCUGCGCCCAGGAGAUGUUGUAAUAAUCGCCGACCGUAAUACCUUGCGAGGAGAUUACCGUUUAGGUAUAGUACAAGAAGUGUUUCCCCGUCAAGACGGAAAAGUUCGUCGAGUAAAUGUCAUGUACAAGAAUUUUCAAAUUGGAGAAAAGGUACAAAAAUACAAAGGACAUAACGAGGCUGUCAUUGUGUCACGAAGUGCUCAGCGAUUAUCGUUAUUAGUACCAGUGGAUAUGGAUCAAGACCAGGAAACCAAGUCGGAAGCAAAAGAGAGUGUAUGA